AUGGCGGCCCCCGGGAAAGUAUCCGUGGUGUUGAAGACUGUGAAGAAAAUAGCGAUUCAGUUUUCUCCGUUUGAGUCAAAUGUGCGGUCUACAAGGUAAGGAAACUCUAUGUAAUAUUGUGUAGUUGCAGAAAGUGUUUGUGUGACUGUAUUAGUUAUAAAGAGCCGUAAUUUGCUGUUAACGCGAGCCAUCACCCACUACCACUACUAUCGCAUUAACCUUGGCUGUAAAGUGCAUGUUGGAGUUUGGUUAUUUUGUGGGGUAUAUCUAAUUUGUAUUGAGCUAAAUAAAGUGUAAUCUGUCCAAGUAUUACAUUAAACGUAGUCCGUUUCUUUAGUAUUUCUUUACACAGCCAUGCUACCUCACAUAGUGCGGUUUUUUGUCAUAUUAAAGCUAUCUAUCAAGAGAUGAGGUCUCUAUUUCAGUCCAGUCUUCUCCCAAUGCAACCUGAGUUUGUAAUGAUUGCAUUUCGACCAAUGUUGAAACUAUAACAAUAGGGGAGACUGGGGUAAGUUGAGCCAAAGGGUGAGUUGAACCACCCUCUGUUGCUUGGAAAUGGUAAGAGAAAUUGAUCAUGUGACCAAAUAUUUAGGAGAUGGGCAUCAAUUCAUGGAGUCUUUGAAGGUUAGAAGCACAUGGGUGAAGGAGUUAGAUAUUUAUUUCCAAAACGUAGAUCUGGGGUAAAGGAGUCUGAUGAGUGGAUCAGAGUUUCACGUCAGAUUGUUGAAAUGUGUUACUCUUCAAAAAUACAGCUGUGAAUGAUCUGAAUCACUUAAAGACAUUCUCAUGUUAAAAUGGCUUUUAACAAAACAGCUUUUUAGCACUUAUAUGCAUUAAUAAUAAAAGGAAUUAUUGUACCAGUUGAAUAUCAUAUAAUAGAUAAAAAUACAAUGUGAAGAAGUGGCUGUUACUUAGGGAGAGAGAAGGUGAGGGAGGGCUGGGGUGGAGAGUUGAGAGUUGAGUUACCCCAUACACAAGGUAAGUUGACCAUAGGAGACCACUUUUUUGGCAUGCUAUAUUAUCAAGACAGUUAUGUUUACACACAUUCUGUUGGUUUGCAGGGAUGCACAACAUCUUGAAAUAUAUGCAGAUACACUAGUUAGAGACAAAACUCAGAUUGACUUGAUGUAGUGAUCUGAAAUAUGAAAAAUGCCUCAUCUUACCCCACUCUCCCCUAUUGUGGGCUACCAGUAUGUCUGCUGCUUGUGAUGCAGGUAAUGAUCAGAUCUGGUCAAAUGUAAAAGCAUCACAUUUCAAGUUUAAAUCUACAGAAAACUUAAGGGAAAAACAUGAACAUUCAAACCAUACAAAAUGUUGUGAGUUUGUAAACUUGUACUGUGUUGGAUCAUAACCCUCUCUGUUUGCUCUGCAGGCAGUUUUUGUCCAUGGUGGGCUCAGAGAAGGCCAGAGCCACAAACAUGAACUGUGAGGUGAUCACCGUUGUGAAGCAUGACAAGUCUGAGCCCGUAGUGGAUAUUACUUAUGGUGAAUAUCAGUUUUUCUACACCCAAAUAUGCAGGAAAAGGUCUUAUAUUAAACACUGAGACAUGUUUUCCUUGGAUUCCUGGCAUAGCUUAAUACAUUGAAAAUAUGUACAUUCAUAAUCAGUUGUGCUUUUUUGGUAUUUUAUCCAGAGUCAAACUUUGUUGUUUACUCAGGUGUGUGUACUCUGAAUAUGUCCCUAAAUAACAUGUAGAUGUCUUAAAUAACAUUGUUAGUGUGAAUUUUUUCUCCUGUGAAAACUCAAGCAGGGGACACACAGGAAAGGAUUUACACCAACAUGUUCUGAAAGUUAUUAACAGAUGAAGGGAGACUCAUAAUAGACAACUUAACAGUCUGAUAUUUGUUAUAUUCGUAUUCCCAGAGCUAGUAUCUGUAAUAUGUAACUGUCUCCAGCAUAAGGGUUUUAAAAAUACAACAAAAAAGUCACUUUUUAGCCAAAGCACAAUAAAUAAAUUCUGAUGAUGAAAUAACGUGACAUUUCCCACCCAUUAAGGUCAGAAGUGACCAAAAGUAAAAAAGUAUGCCAAAGGUUAGCAGAUCUGUUCCAUUGUGUGUUACUUGACUUUUGCUCACAUUAACAUUCACUCCUUAUACUCCUUAAAAAAAAAGGAAGAGGUCAGGCAUUGUUAUCUUAUGACUCACCUCAUUGUGUCUUUGUGUUUCUACAGUAGACGGAGACAGGCUGGUGAUGAAGGGAGCAAAUCUGACCAUCAGUGAGAUGAUGAAUGCAUUUCAGUCACGGUGCAGAGACAAGGAUCCACAGGCGAAAUCAGGAGAGAAAAAAUGA